AGGCGGUGCGUGCUCCGCUGUAGGGGCUGCCUCAGUUUCGGCCUUUGGGCCGCGCCCGCUGCUUCCGGUGACUGAAAAGAAGCGGUUGCGCCUUUUCGUUGUCAAGGCGACGUCGUUCUUCAGGCAUAAACACAGGAAACUGCCUUACCCUGAACCAGACCAUUGUUCUAUCAAGGACUUGAUAUUGUUGCAACGAUGGUGAAUGUCUUGAAAGGAAUCCUUAUAGAAUGUGACCCAGCCAUGAAGCAGUUCCUGCUAUACUUGGAUGAAUCCAAUGCCCUGGGGAAGAAGUUUAUCAUACAAGACUUGGAUGAAACACAUGUCUUUGUAUUAGCUGAGAUGGUUAACUGCCUCCAGGAGAGAGUGGGAGAGUUAAUGGACCAAAACUCUUUUCCCAUUACACAGAAAUAGACAGUGGAACUUGGAUUGCUUUUGUCAAAUGGCUGUCAGUAGGUGUGGAACUGAAACUCUGUAUUUCUCUCUUACUGAUUUGGAGGGGUUAGGGUAGACAUGAUCACUGUAAUAAAUGAAGUGAUUAUUUAAAGUCAGUGUUCAUGAAUUCACCUUGAUUGUUUUCAGUGUGGGAGAUACAGAUCAUGAUCCUAAAAAGUGUUUUGAUGGCAGCAAAUAAAAGGGUAUCAUCACAAGUGA